UGUAGAUUGGGGUUCGGCUAGAGAUGCCUUACGAGGAGAGAGACUGUAGACCAGCUGGGAGAUAGCGAGGAGAUCAACCUCCAAGCAGAGGGAUGGAGGUCGCGGUGGUCGUCGGGCCGAUAGUGAAGCUCUUGCCGAAGCUCCUAUCGGUGAUAGAUGGGAAGAGGAAGCAGCUGGACAACCUGGAGGUCGACGCUGGAUUCAUCCGGCGCGACCUGCAGUCGAUCCAAGAAAUCAUUGGCCGCUCGAAUGGCGGCAGAUCCAUCACGGACCUCUGGGUCCGAGAUCUCAGGCGCUUGGCGGACGACAUGGAAGACUGCAUCGACCGCUUCCAGGUCGGGAAGAUGAGCAGAAUCAGUUUCGUCGGGAAGAUCUGCAAGCUGAAGAAGCGGUCAAAGGAGACUCUCGAGCAGCUACAGAACUGCAUCAGCAUCGCCGGCGCCGCCGCACCUGCACCUGAUCCCCCCGCUGCAGCUGGGGGCACUGAUCAGGAUCCGGAAGAGCAACUUCUUGGCCUGCUUGCGCGGAGCCAAUCGGAGGGGAAUCUCAAAGUCAUCUCCGUCGCCGGCUUCAGUGGAGUAGGUAUGACUCACCUUGCCCACAAGGUUUACAGUGACAGGGAUGUGCGCAGCCAGUUCCCUCUGCACGCCUGGGUUCGUGCAGCACCGGGCAUGAGUGUGCUCAAGCUUCUUCAGAAAAUACAUGACCAACUGCUGUUAAUCAGUAUUGCCAAGAAUCAUGGUGCGACUGCCUCCAGCUCCAAAAUCAUACCACAAGUCAACGGAGAUGCUGAACAUGCCGCAAGUGACCACCUGCUCGCUGGACUACUCAAGACCGGAAGGUAUUUGAUUGUGAUUGAUGGCGUUAAUACACAUGAGUUGUAUGACGUACUAUCUGCGUUCUCUUGGGCUGAUGGAAUGGACGGCAGAAUUAUCAUGACGACGACCAUUCAACUACCAGCAGCGACAUGCUGCAAAUGUGGCAAUGGUUCAUCACUUGCUAUGGAUAGCACAAGCCAGGUUUUCAUUGGGGAGCUGACAGAAAGUGGAUUUGUGGAGGCCUGCCUCCAUCUUCGUGAUGACACAGUGGCAAGAAUGCACCGCAGCAACAACGAGAUCCUAUCCAGCCCUGUUGUCCAGGACUUAUUGCUGUAUUUUUGCAUGUUCCCUCGUGAUCAUCCUGUCAGGAGGAAUCCCCUGAUAAGGCGAUGGCUGGCUGAAGGACUUGUGUUUCCUCAACCUGAAACAGAGAAUUUUUCCCAGGAUGUUGCGAUCAAGAAUUUGGAGAGCCUCAUCAGCCGCAACAUCAUUCAGCCCAUUCAAGUGAGGACCUAUGGAAAUGUGAAGAAAUGCCAAACUUCUGGGAUAAUGCUCAACUCCAUUUCCAGCAAAUCCAGGUCACAGAAUUUCAUCACCAUGUUGUGUGGUGGCCAGACAACAGAGAAGAAUCUGCCAGGCAAAGAGAUUCGCCGGCUUUCCCUCCAUCUUAAUGGUGCGGCAAAUGGGCCACUGAAUUUGCCAAAGGAGUUAUCUCGUCUCCAUACUCUGGCAGUAUUCCCUGAUGAUACAAAUGUCACCAGGUAUCAAGCUAAUUUGAAUUAUGCCGAGUAUAAGCUACUGCGGGUUUUGGACCUCAAAGAAUGUGCUGAUGUGAAAGCACAACAUGUUGGCAAAAUAUGUGACCUGUUGUUGCUCAAAUAUCUGAGCCUCGGAGACAGUAUUGACAAGGUUCCAAGGAAAAUAGCGAAGCUAAAAUGGUUGGAGACUCUUGACAUGAGGAGAACCCAGGUAGUGAUGUUGCCAAUUGAAGUCCUCCACCUCCCCGGGUUGAAACACCUCCUUGGAAAGUUUCAGUUACUUGAAGGUGACUGCACACAUAAGAAGCUAGAGAAGCUCUUGUCAGAAGAUAGUGAAUUGCAGAGGCUUUCUGGAUUUGUCACUGACAAAAACGAAGGGUUUGCGCAGCUGAUGAGUCGCAUGGGGAAGUUGAGGAAGGUGAAAAUAUGGUGCGAUUCCACUGCAGAUGUGACGAAACUGGUUCAUGUUUUAGGGGCCACGGAGAAAUUCAUUGGCGGAGGCCUGGAUAUGACAAGAGUUGACCGUUCCUUAUCUAUCGACCUCCAAGGAUGCCCAACAGAAUGCUCAGAACAAUUCAUGGAUUCUCUGCAAGCUACAGGCCGUCUUACCUCGCUCAAAUUGCGCGGAAAGCUGAUGCGACUCCCUCGGUUCAAGGCAAAGCUGAACUACAUUGAGGAGUUGUGCCUCUCAAGAACUAAUCUGAGCGGGGACACAAUCCUAGAUGGCCUGUCUGAACUUAGAAUGACACUUAAGUAUCUCAAACUGGUAGAAGAUAAGCUUGGGCACUUGGUCAUAAAACCAGAGCAUUUCCGAAGCCUGAAGGGGUUAUGCCUUGUGGGCGAGCAAAGUAUGGAGGACAUAACAAUCCAAGAUGAAGCUAUGCCGUACCUUGUGUCACUUCAUAUGCUUUGUGAAGGUCUAGGUAAUCUUCCUGGCGUCGACAUCACACACAUGGCAAGGCUAAAAGAAGUCGCGCUCCAUUCUGGAGUACAAGAGACGAUAAAGGAUGGUUGGCAAACAGCUGCAAUGAACCAUCCUAACAGGCCCAACGUUUUGUUUAUCCACCAUGCUAACUCCUCACCUAGAGACUCUCUGCCGUGCGAAGCAACAGGGGAAAUUGCAAAUCGGACCAAACCUAUUGGGAGAAAAUUCACCGCCUCCAUCAUGGGUGGCAUCUUUGGUUGUGCAUGGCCAAGAUCCUGACGCACUGAAUCAGCCGCAUGUGCAAAGCUAUUGCGCAAACAUUCACUGAUCGAUGAUGUGUGUGCUGCACGACCGUCGGGGGGUGUGGCCACGAGGCGGCCAAAUGUGCGGGCUUCUCCCCUGUGGGGCGUGGCUGCCGGUAGUGAGUACAUUGAGAUGACGCAGCUUCCUCGUGAUGAUCAAUGAUGUCCGGAUAAGCAAGUUACGAGCGAAUUCUUCUGUUAACUUUUCAAAGAAGUUUAGAGGGCUACACACAAUGUCAAGAACAAAGUAAAGAAAUCCAGCCAUGCAGGUGAUAUUAUGUACUAGAGGUUUUGCUGAGUCCUACCAUAGAGAGUUCAUCAAAUUGUUUCGACAGACAGAGUUUGUACGAUGGAAUAGCCCUCAGCCUCUCUGUUCACAUCAGGGAUGUAAGUGUAUCGAAUGAAGUAUUCACACUUGCGUGUGGGCUUAUUGUUGAGCUGGUGCCCUCCAGCAGACUUGGUGCUAUCUUUGUUGCUGUUAUUUGUACUGCUAUGUACUCUGUUUUCGUGG